UCAUGGCAAACACUUUUCAGCUCUUCCAAACUACCGACCACCGAAAGUUUAGUACAUCUAAUCUUAUCACCAAACCCGCAAAAGAUUACAACUUCAUCAUAGGAUUAGAUUUCACAUAUAAGUAUAUGCAUUUACUUAUUAAAUAUAUAUCUAUAUAUAAUAUGGUUUUUGAAAGGUUAUUCAUGUAUAAUAUGUUAAUCACACAAGAUCGCAACACCACCACACAUGUAUUUGUCUACACAUCUAGACAUGUACAUAUAUAUAAUCAAAUGCUUCCUUCGUCUUUAGAUAAACGCGUUAUAUAAGCAGGGCUGCACGGAGGUUAUGAAACCAUUGUCCCCAUAAUCAGGAUAAUGUUUUAUUACUAAUAUAUAUAUAUAUAUAUAUAUAUAUAUAUAUAUAUAUAUUUUAAUAUUUAUUCAACAAAUGUUGUUGAAUUGUAGUCAUGGAAACUCGUGAAUUCAGCUCCACCUUUGACUCUCUCUCACUAUAUAUAGACAUAUAUACACAUGUAGUUUAUACAUUGAUUGUGUAACAAAUCCUCACCUCAAUUCAUGGGGGUUACAAGCACUAGAUUGUAAUAUGUAUUUGUACUUUCUUUUAUGUCUCUCUGUUGUUGGGACUUUUUUUUUUCUCUCUUUUAUGUAAAUAGUUGGAGAGCUUAGUUGAACCUUUUUCAGAGUAGUUGUUAAGUUAGUUCUUGACAGAGUGGAUCUGAGGUUGCAAGAACCAAGGGACUCAUAAGGAAUUUAGUUGAUAUAUAAUGGAGGGUGGUCAGUAUUUGGGUUUGAAGAGGAACUCUUACAAUUGGUUAGAGAAUGUAGAAGAGAAUGAAGAGAUGAAAGUGACAUUACCUUCAAUCCCUCAGCCACAAACACCAAAAGAGCCCAUGGAGUUCUUGUCAAGGUCUUGGAGUCUCUCCGCUACGGAGAUUUCGAAAGCUCUUGCGCAUAAACAGAAAUCCUUUAAUCUUGAUGACAAUUCUAAUGUGAUACCAUUUCCUGAGAUAAAGGCUGCACCACAAUUUGUUCCAGGCAAGGUCAAAAAUAUGGCAAACACUAGGAGAACAGGGUCAUUUGGAAGGUGGUUCCAUCACAAGGAGCUCAGCAAUAGCGCGGUUAAGAGAAAAGACAAGGCACGUGUAGAUAAUGCAAGGACGCAUGCUGCCCUCGCCAUUGCCAGCCUAGCUGCAGCAUUGGCUGCCGUGGUUGCAGAAGAGAACUCCAAAAGCUCCGGCUCAAAAACAAGUGUUGCAUUGGCAUCGGCUACACAACUUCUUGCCUCGCAUUGCAUAGAGAUAGCUGAAUCAAGCGGAGCUGAUCAUGAUCGUAUGGCUUCUGUUGUCAGAUCGGCUGUUGACAUUAGAAAUCCCAGUGAUCUCGUCACUCUCACAGCUGCAGCUGCAACUGCUUUGCGAGGAGAGGCAGCUCUAAAAGCAAGAUUACCAAAAGAUGUAAAGAAAAAUGCGGCUAUAAGUCCCUAUGAUAAGGGUACGGCUGAAGCCCCCUGGGCUUCUGAAUUCCACAAAGAAAUGGAAGGUCAUGAUACACCCUGUAUAGGUGAAUUACUGCAACAUACACGAAAAGGAGCAUUACAAUGGAAGCAUGUCUCUAUCUACAUCAACAAAAAAUCUCAGGUCAUUGUUAAGCUCAAAAGCAAACAUGGUGGAGGGGCCUUCUCCAAGAAGAACAAAUGUGUAGUUUAUGGAGUCUGUGAUGAGACUGCUAAUUGGCCAUUCAGAUUAGAAAGAGAAAACAUGGAAGCCUGUUUUGGCCUUAAAACCGCUCAGGGUCUUCUGGAGUUUUGGUGCAAUAACAAGAUGCAUAAACAGAAAUGGGUUGAUGGGAUUCAAAAUCUUCUUCGCCAAAUCAGUUGCAGUGAAGACACCGAGCACUCUCUGAAAUUUUUAAACAUUCAUAAGAGCAUAUGACUUAUUGGUGCAUGUGAUAGUUUACUAAUUAGAGGUUGAAUACUUGGAUUAAAUCCAAAGCUUUUAUCAACUCCCAAAAUCUCAAAUGUGUGUUCUAUAAGCAGCACAUUGAGUAUAUAGCUAUUCCUGAUGCAAAAAUGUGGCGGACUAGGGCAGAAUCGUGCAUCGGCUGAAUUGAGUACCUGGGCUGCAGAUCAAUGGAAAGAUAUUCACCUAUGAUAAUUAUUCAAAAGCUUUGUUCAGAUGCUACAAUCUUCAUGGUUUGGAAAGAGAGAAAUAUAGAUUUUUUUUUUUCCUAGGUAAAUUUUGAACGUGGCAAGAGUGAAUAUAUGAUCUAUGUAGCUAAAGAACCCUCUAGCAAAGUAUGCACAUUGUAUGUAACAAAUUUUUGAUAAUGCGAAUUUUUUUUUCCCCCUA